CCCAACAUUAGAAGAAUACCUAACCUUGCCGCCAAGCCUUACUCUCCUGUUUAUGUCCCUUGGCCUCGCCAUUAUCAUCUACACCCAAGAAAAAAAAAACCUAUGUCAAUGCAGGCAAACAAUCCCUUUCCUUUGCUUCCCAUUCUCUUCCUUCUCAAAGAAAAGCACCCUUUUUCUCUCUAUAUAUCAUCACCCUCCUCCUCUACCAUGCCAUUUAUAAACCUUGUUUACUCACAUACUUCUCUCCAUUCCCUUCCUAGUUCAGCUUCUUCUUCUUUUUACUGUAAUAAAGCAUGGAAUCUCAAGAACCCCAGGUGAAAAACUCCCCUUUGAUGCCUUCGAUGUACACCAACCGGGUGGCCUUGAAAACCAUAUUGGAAAGUGGUGAUGGCGAGACGGGGCUGAUUGGUACCACAGUGGUGGUUGGAGGGUGGGUGAAAUCUUCCAAGGAGGUAAAGAAGGAGCCUCUUCCGCCGCCACAAUCACCACCCCCAGCGGCAGCCGAUGCUUUCCCUGCUGCUUCUCAUGGGACUAAAGACGUUAACUGCGUGGAAAUUCUUCAAUCUCGAAUCCCGUUUUUCAGGACCAUUAUCAGGGUUUUGGGCGGCUCUGCUAGUUCCCCAGCUGUUCGACAAAAGUUGGAGUCUUUGAUCCCUAAACCACCUCCUCCUUCCAUAUUCUUUUUAGAUAUAAACGAUGGGUCUUGUGUUUCAAGUCUGAGGGUUGUGAUAGAUUCAGCUAUAGUUCCAGUGUCUGCCGGCCAGAUUCUACCAACUGGAACAUGUAUAUUAGCCCAAGGUGUAUUGGGAAAUCCAUCAGCACUUGGAAAACAAACCAUUGAGCUUACAGUAGAGAAGAUUCUUCAUGUUGGGACAGUAGAGCAAGAUAAGUAUCCUUUGUCAAGGAAAAGAUUACCCCUUGAUUCUUUAAGGGAUUAUCCCCAUAUUCGUCCUAGGACAACUACGGUGGCAUCCGUUGCACGAAUUCGCAACACCUUAGAUUUCGCAUCCCACACAUUCUUCCAGAACCGUGGAUUUUUACAUGUGCAAGUGCCAAUUAUGACAACUACAGACCCUGAAGGGUUCAGUGAAAAGUUUCAGGUCACAACUCUUCUAGGAGAAACAAGCAAGAAAGAGUCGCCGGUCGGUGUUAGUGAUGCUGAUGGUGUUAACCCGGAAACUGUUAAGGCUGCCAUACAGGAGAAAUCAAGUCUAGUUGAACAACUCAAGAGAAGUGACAGCAAUAGAGAAGCACUUGCUGCUGCUGUUCAGGACCUGAAGAAAACAAAUGAAUUAGCACAACAGAUUGAAACAAGAGAAAAAUCCAAACCCGUAACUGCAGUGAAGCCUGACUUAGUGAGCUUCAAUGCUGAUUUCUUUGGUCGCCAGAUUUAUUUAACUGUUUCGGGCCGCCUUCAUCUGGAGAGCUAUGCAUGUGCUCUUGGACAUGUUUACUCAUUUGGACCCAGAUUUCGAGCUGAUAAAACAGUGUCCGCAAAGCAUGUGGCUGAAAUGUGGACAGUUGAGGCCGAAAUGGCCUUUGCACAACUAGAGGAUGCCAUGAAAUGUGCAGAGGACUGUUUCAAAUUUCUAUGCAGAUGGAUAUUGGAUAACUGUUCAGAAGAUAUGAAGUUUGUCUUGAAAAGAAUCGACAAGACUGUCGCCCAUCGUCUUGAAUAUAUGGCAUCAAGUUCUUAUGACAGGAUUUCCUAUAGAGAAGCAGUUGAAAUUUUGAGAAAGGUUACAGACAAGGCUUUUGAAACACAGCUUCAGUGGGGUGUCCCUUUGACAGAUGAACAUCUAAGUUACUUGGCUGAUGAUCACUACAGGAGGCCUGUAAUUAUUUAUGAUUAUCCAAAAGCAGUUAAGCCAUUUUAUGUACGCUUGAAUGAUGAUGGAAAAACAGUUGCAGCAUUUGAGAUGGUUGUGCCCAAGAUUGGAACAGUGAUUAUAGGCAGCCAGAAUGAGGAGAGAUUUGACAUGCUAAAUGCAAGGAUCAAGGAAUUCGACUUAUCAAAAGAUCAGUACGAAUGGUACUUAGAUCUUCGCCGGCAUGGAACAGUCAAGCACUCUGGACUCAGCCUAGGGUUCGACCUGAUGGUUCUCCUUGCCACUGGCCUAACUGAUGUCAGAGAUGUUAUUCCCUUUACCAGAACUCAUGGCAAAGCCAACAACUAAGGAGGGAGUGUUGAAGUGCAUAAAAACUACAGAUAAAACAGUUCCUACUUGCUUGUGUUUCAGAAAAAGAGAAACUUGUGUAAACAGAUAUAUAUAAAUGCUGCAUAGGAGAAAUGUAUCAUUCUUUGUUGAUACCAGGUACACCAAGUUAAUGCAACUAAAGAAUUUAUUAACCGAAAA